UUCAAGAAGAAAUUCAAAAUUUAUCAUCAUCUGAUGAAAUUCAAAUUUCACAAGAUAUAGAUAAUUCAUCUUUAAUGUUUACAUUUUUUUCUCAGUUGUCAAAUACAUCCAAUGUAGAAUCUAGAAGCAAUUCAAAUGAACUUGAACGAUAUUGUCAAAUUGAAAAUUUAUUAAUUCAUGAAAAAAAUGAUCCCUUAAUUUGGUGA